CAUACCAAAUGAACACUUGAAGAAAAUGGCAUCGAUGGCAGCCAAAAUUAAUGCGACGUUAUACCUACCAAGGCAUAUUUUCAAGUCGGAGAAGAAUGAUAGUAUAGAUGUCGCCACCCAAAUUGGAUUUUAUCCUUCGAGGGAAAGGACAGUGAUGGCAAAAAUACAUCGCAGAUUUUCGGUCACGGUUAGUAGUUCUGUUAAUCCGAGAAUUCAGGUGGACACGAUCAAUGGAAAGAAGGUUAAUGGGAUUCAUGUGGAAGAGGCUGAUUUAUUGUUAGGAAACAAGAGUGGUGGUACUCAUGUACUACUUAAAGAUAGAGGCAGUGAUGCAGCUCUUCAUUCAUGUUUACAUGGGAAAUUCGUGGAGGAUAGGUUUGUAUAUAGGCAGACAUUCAUUAUAAGGUCUUAUGAGAUUGGUCCUGACAAAACUGCAACCAUGGAGACACUGAUGAAUCUUCUUCAGGAGACAGCUCUGAAUCAUGUGACAGGUUCUGGCCUUGCCGGAAAUGGCUUCGGGGCUACUCGUGAGAUGAGCCUCCGGAAACUGAUAUGGGUGGUCACUCGCGUCCACAUUCAAGUUGAGAGAUACAGUUGCUGGGGAGAUGUUGUAGAGAUUGAUACUUGGGUAGAUGCAGCAGGAAAAAACGGAAUGCGCAGGGAUUGGAUUAUCCGAGACUAUCAUACUCAAGAAAUUAUUACCAGAGCAACAAGCACUUGGGUGAUAAUGAAUAGAGAAACAAGAAGGUUGUCAAAGAUCCCGGACCAAGUGAGGCAAGAGGUAGCGCCUUUCUACCUAAAUAGAGCAGCAAUUGCUACUGAGAAAAUCGAUAAGGAGAAAAUCGACAAGCUCACUGAUGGAACUGCCGGGAGAAUCCGAUCAGGCUUAGCACCAAGAUGGAGUGACAUGGAUGCCAACCAACACGUAAACAAUGUUAAAUACAUUGGAUGGAUUCUUGAGAGCGUGCCACUCAAAGUACUAGAAGAGUAUGACAUGACAAGCAUGACUUUGGAGUUUCGAAGAGAAUGUAGGCAGUCAAAUCUGCUAGAAUCAUUGACGAGCACAACAGCAAGUUUGGCUCAUGAGCAUCAACGCAACAACAACAACUCGAUCAAUCGCAAAUCAGACUUUCAGUACACACACUUGCUCCGGAUGCAAGCCGAUAAGGCAGAGAUAGUGCGAGCAAGAACAGAAUGGCAUGGUAAACAAAAACAUAUACUGCAAUGAUAUAUGUACUUGAAUUCAGAAUCUGCAGAUUGAUUUUCACCCACUUCAAUUUAUUUUCUUGAUUUUCAAGCUUUUAGAAGGGUAAGCUUGUCCAUCUGGGUUUGUUUCUAUCACAAUGUUUUUUUUGUGCGUGUUGUAUUUUAUUCAUCAGGCUGUGCUACAUUAUGCAAGUCAGCUCCAUGUUUGACAGUGCAUUGCUGUGGCACACUUGCCUCUUCAAUAUAUGUGAAUGACAUAUUCACUCA